GAAAUGGAUAUGCCGUGUUUUCAGAUUUUGUACAAGCUCAAAGUCUCAACAUCAAACUUCCUACUGCCGUACUAAGUUUUAUUUCAUUACAACCUACCUUGUGGAUAAAACACUGAGUAUUUUGAUGUUGGUGUUUACAGGUUUACACGAACUAAAUAUAUGCCGUAGUCUAAUGUACAGGUUUUGGGGUCAUCAGAGUUAUUCUCCUAUUCCCUAUUACAUACUGUGUUAAGUGAUUUUAGAGUUUUCUUCAUUGGGUUUGUUCAGGUUGUCGAAGUUUGUAGUGUUUUGCAGCUAUUAACAAUAAGCUCUUUUCGUAAUACAUGUUAAAGGGAUUUAUUUUCAUUAGUAAACUGAUUCAAUUCCACUGGGCCCAGUUAUGUAUCCUAUCAAACAUGUACUAAACUACAUAUGUACCUUGUAACCAAUCCAGAUAAUGCUAGAAGAUUCCUGUCAAUACUUCCUAUUGUCUGAAGAUCUUUGAUGCACCAUUUUGUUGUUCGACCCAAGAAAAUAACACGAGCCUACAUAUGAGCAUGGAUUGCCCUGCCGUGAAUUUCCAUGGCAUUGAACUACAAUCUCACGAGAAAGGGGGUAGUAAACAGAAUUCUUUUUGUGCCCUCCGAACCCCUUCUAAUCUAGAGGAACACGAGAUACUCACUUCUUCUGGUUUAUACCAACGGGUUUACGUUCAACCUAAUAAGAAUAAAACUGCAAUUAUCACUUAUCACGAUAUUGGAACUAAUCAUACAUCCUUCCUUAGUCUAUUCAAUAAUCCUGAAAUGCGUGUUAUUACUGAAAAUUUCACAGUUUAUCAUAUAUGUGCUCCUGGACACCAUGAAAAUGCAACAAAUAUUAGUUUUGGUGAACCUGGUCAGGAUCAAGUAUUAUUAUCAUCACAGCCAGAUAUACAGAAACAACGUCAAUCAGUUUCAUCAGUUACUGGUAGUAGAGGAAGUAUUUUUGAAGCAGUUCGUAGAAGAUCUUCACUAUUAAUGAAUCGGUCUCGUUAUCCGAAUAUGGAUCAGUUGGCUGAUAUGAUCACAUCGGUCCUUGUUCAUUUUGGAAUAAACUAUUUUUUGGGUUUUGGAAUGGGAGCUGGGUCAAAUAUUCUUGCUCGUUAUGCACUUCGUUAUCCGGAUCAAGUAUUGGGAUUAUUCCUUAUCAAUCCAAAUGCAUCAACUCAUGGUUAUUAUCAAUGGUUCCGUAAUGUUUGGUCUGAUUUACCUGCACUUGAACGCGGUGUACUAACUGAUAAUUUAAUGAGUCAAUUAGAAGCUCAUUGGUUUGGAUUUGGUUUAGUUGAAAAUGCUGAUGUAGCUAAUUUUUAUGAAUCAUUAACACGAAGUUUAAAUCCAGCUAAUUUAGCUGGUUAUAUACGUUCUUAUGUGGAUCGUACACCAUUACCAUUGGUUCGACCAAUACUUGGUCCUCCAAUGCCUGAUGCUCAAACAAAUCCAAAUGAAGAACCAACAGUUAUACUUACUGAAGUAUGUUUAGUAACUGGUGAUCGCGCUGUGGAAUUGUCACGUGCCUUAGCUGAUAUGAAUGGACGUAUGGAUCCGAAACGUACACAAUUUCUUAUGAUGCCUGAUUGUACUGGUAUGGUGAUGGAAGAGAAUCCUAGCAAGUUGAUCAUGAACUUUUUACACUUCUUGCGUAGUAUUGGACUUGUUGUCAAUUUGACACCAGAGAAAAUGCUUAAACAAGCAACAGAUUUACAACAAUCUAUGCUUGAUGAAUUACCUGAAACAUGUUUACCAGCUAAAUUGGUUGUGGAACCGGAAGUUUGAAAUAUUGACGAUGACGACGAUGAUGACACCACAGAGAGAGAGAGAGAGAGAGAGAGAGAGAGAAAGAGCAGUAUACUGAUUGACAAUGUAUGUGAUCAUAAUAUUCACUGUUCUUUUUAAAAUCAUUAUUAUUCACUUGUCUUGUAAACCAUUAAUUUUGAAUCCACUAAAAAAUCAUUUCUAAUGCAAUAAGAAUAGUAAUUGUAAUACUUACCUUCAUGUCGUAAAAGCGCAUUUCACUAAUUUAACAAACUGAUUCGUUGGCUAGUUUCUAACCUGAACUUUGAUUAAAAUUAUAUCACUUUCAUUCUUCUUUGUUUUAUUGACUUGUAUCAUUGAUAUCAAUAUACACGCACAUGUUGCUACUACUACUACUAUUACUGGUAUCGUUUUUCACUGUAGUAUUGUUUCCCUUUCAUGACAUGAACGGAUCAUACAUAAAGAAGUGUUGAAUUUCAAUAAGUAUUCAUUCACUCUUAUCAUCAUCAUCAUCAUCAUCAUCAUGUUUAUGUGAUGGUUGUUUUGUUAUCAAUUUCCCUUUUGGAUUAUCGACUUAUCUCUAUGCUACUUCUCUUAUUUCAUAUUAUCACUUUAUGAAUUCAUAUUGAUUCUUCAUUGUCAAAAGCAUUUUUUACUUUUCUAUUUCAAUAUAUUCCAUUAUGUCUUUAUUCAUUCAUUAAACUUCUCUUAUGAUUCACUUAUAAUACUACACAUGAAAUUUGAAAUGGUUUUAAGGGAUUUUCUCUGGUGGAUUACUUUCACUAAUCUUCUCUCUCCCUUACACAUAUAUAUCUAUCUACUAAUUUCAUUUCUGGUUAGAGUUAUUCAGUGUAUUCAUUUAGUAGAUGAAUAUAUAAUACCUACUUAAUUAAGUAGUAUUCUAAUUAUUUGUUUGUAUGUUAGUAUAUACUGUGAUGAUAUUACUGAUACUUUGUGUUCUUUUUUUUCAUAAUUUCUGUUCGUUUUGAAGUUACUGUUGUUGUUGUUGUUCUUCUUCUUCUAAAGACACUAUUCACAUUGUAUUGAGUAAUUAGUGUUAGUGUACUCGUAGUUUGUUUGAUGUGAGUUUUGUUUUUUCUUUUGGAAAACAUUCUUUUUCUUUUUUUUUCAAGCAAUAAUUUUAAUACAAUUAAUCAUUUCAUAAAUUGAUGAAUAGUUUCUGUGUGUGUGU